AUGUCGGGUGCCUAUGACGAGAUAGCCGCUGGUCUCGAGGAGACUACAGACAGCUUCUGGGAGGUGGGAAACUACAAGCGAACUGUGAAACGAAUUGAUGAUGGUCAUCGCCUCUGUAAUGACCUGAUGAACUGCAUACAGGAACGUGCGAAAAUAGAGAAGGCCUAUGCCCAGCAGCUGACUGACUGGUCUAAGAGGUGGAGACAGCUUGUGGACAAAGGGCCUCAGUAUGGUACUGUGGAGAGGGCCUGGAUUGCUCUGAUGAUGGAGGCAGAAAAGGUGAGUGAUUUGCACCAGGACGUAAAGAAUGGCCUGCUGAAUGAGGACUUUGAGAAGGUAAAGAACUGGCAGAAAGACUCCUACCACAAACAGAUGAUGGGUGGCUUCAAGGAGACCAAAGAGGCAGAGGAAGGCUUCAAGAAAGCCCAAAAACCCUGGGCUAAAAAACUUAAAGAGCUGGAGACAGCAAAGAAAGCCUACCACAUGGCGUGUAAGGAGGAGAAAGUAGCAUCCAGCCGCGAGGCUAACGUUAAGGGGGAGUCCUCUGUCACCUCUGACCAACAGAAGAAACUCCAUGAGAAGGUGGACAAGUGUAAAAACGACGUACAGAAGGCCAAGGAGAAGUAUGAGAAAGCUCUGGAGGAGUUGGGUAAAUGUACUCCUCAGUACAUGGAGAACAUGGAGCAGGUGUUUGAACAAUGUCAGCAGUUUGAGGAGAAACGACUGAGCUUCCUCAGAGAGGUGCUGCUGGAUGUUAAACGUCACCUCAACCUCACAGAGAACCAAAGUUAUGCCACAGUGUACCGGGACCUGGAGCAGACCAUUAAUGCAGCCAGUGCUCAGGAGGAUCUUAAAUGGUUCAGUAACACCCACGGCCCAGGCAUGCACAUGAAUUGGCCCCAGUUUGAGGAGUAUAACCCAGACCUGACCCAUAACAUCAGCAAAAAAGAGAAGGUGAAGAAGAACCAUGACGGGGUCACGCUUACCCACGUGUCAGCAGCAGGAGAUCAUGUGACGCAGGCCGACCGGAGCAGUGUGAGCAGUUAUGAGAAGAAUCAGCAGACGUACCCCGCGGAGUGGUCGGACGAGGAGCAGCCGGCCGCCACCGCGGCCACCGUCGCCGUUGAGACCAACGGGAGAGGAAACCCAUUUGAGGAGGAGUCGGAGAAGGGAGUCAGAGUGAGGGCACUGUAUGAUUACGACGGCCAAGAGCAGGAUGAACUCACCUUUAAAGCAGGAGACGAGCUGACCAAACUGGAAGACGAGGACGAACAGGGCUGGUGUAAAGGACGUCUGGACAGCGGGCAGACGGGCCUGUACCCAGCCAACUACGUUGAGCCCGUCUAA